AUGGAGUUUGCAUUUGACUGUUAAGUCUUGUUAAAUCCUGAUUCAGUUGGAAUGGUCAUCUUAGACUCUGCCAAAGAUAGACCAUUAGGCCGUGUAACUGCUAAAAUCUAGCAAGUCUAUGAUAUUAUUGAUAAAAUGGGCAUUGCAAGUGCCAAGGCAUAAAAAUUAGGUGGAGUCAUUACUUCAGCUCAGAAGUUCUUCUAAUAGGAUGAUAAUAAGUUAUAUGUUAUGAUUGAAGGGAAGACCUGUCAAGGCAUACUUAAAGUUGGUAAGAAAAACCUGUUCAUUAGAAAUGAAUCUGGCUAAAUGACAGAAAUCAAGCCUCUGUGUGUGCUUGAUUUCUAUGUCCAUGAAUCUAUGUAAAGGAAUGGAAUCGGAAAGUAACUGUUUGAAAGAAUGCUAUAAGUUGAGAAGGUCAAUCCUCAAAGACUUGGAUAUGAUAGACCCUCUGAGAAGUUGCUAAGCUUUUUGGCUAAACACUAUCACUUGAAGAGAUAUGUCCCUCAAGCUAAUAAUUUUGUUGUAUAUUCAUAGUACUUUGACCCACAAGUUUCAACAAAGUCUAGCACAAAUAAUAACAUUCAAAAUAAUAAUGGUAUUAUUGGGUAGAACAAGAAUUCUCAGAAUAAUAGCCAAUGGUAAUAAAAUGAAGAAUAUGGGUCAACAGGAACAACAGGUAAUAAGAAAUUGCAACAGGCUAGAAGUUAAUAGAAUUCUACAUAUUCAUCGCCAAGCACUAGUAGUUAUGGAAUGAACUCUAAUAGCUCAAGAGUUAAUAGAUAGAUUGAUUAGAGGCCAUUUGAAAAGAAAUCAAAAGAAGACUUAAUCAAGGAGGUUGUAGAGAAAUUUGCUAAGAUUGAUGUAGAUGAAGAUUACGGCAGGGAAGAGGAAAAGUACUCUAAAUUUCAAAAGACAACAGACUUUAAAAGUGCAAAAAAGGAAUCACUCUCAACUUGUUCAAACAGCAGUUCAGAGGAGAACUAAUGGAAAUUCUAAUCAUAGACCCAGUAUAAUAAUAGACAAAAUUAUGUUGACAAUAGAGGUCAAAACUCUGGCAACAAGAAUAGCUCUUAUGGAAUGUCCUCGAUAUUUGGAGGUGGCUAUGAAGAUAACAGAGCAGGCAAUUCAAAAGCAUUUGACUAUUAUUCUCGCAAAUAUUGA